AAUAUCAUUCACUGACACAACAGUUGAUCUAGAGAAGUUGAAACCAAACCACUCAAUUUCUGAUCGUUGCCGUCUCCUGCUCAAGGAAGAAGGAAAGUUUGAUAAAAAGCUGCUGGAAUGUCUCUCCGAGGGUUUCACAAAGGAUUUCAGUUCCAGUGACUUUCUCUCACUCAUGGAGUCUCUUCUUAUCAUAGGACCACUGGAGGAGGAUCAGUACUUUAUUCCCUGUGUACUGGAAACAUGUGCAGUUGAUGUCUUGGAAAAGAUGAGGGGGCAGUUUAGUGAAAGCUGUGACCCUUUGGUUCUGAGUUGGGAAGACAAUGUUAUACCACAGGGAAUGUACCCAGCACUGGUGGUCAGUCUCUUAAAGGAAGGGUUUAAGAUGUUAGAUGGACAGAUACCUUAUCGUAAUGCUAUCAAGCUACAAUCAACAGAUUUAGGAGUUAACAUUCUACUGGUGGACACUAUCCAGUGGUUGGAGAUACAUUGUGCUGGUCCAGUACAUAAUGCCUGUCCAGAGUUAAGAGUCCUAGUCCAUGGAUCCAUACAGUCUGUCUCCAGCAAGUUCUACUACAGUAGCAAUACAUUGGAGGGAACUCUUUGCCAGACCUGUGGAGCUGGUGUAUGCCGUCGUAACAAAGCCAGAACUAGUAUAACAUGCACUAAUGGUGACUGCUUACCAAGGGAAAUAGGACCACGUCAGUCCUGCUGGUUUAAACCACCAGCUACAGAUUCAGGAGCAUCUGCUGAUGAAUUUUUACUCAACAGAAGUAAAAUACCUGUUGAUAGGAGCAAUGAAGUACAAAUGAAACCUGAUACAUCGGAUAUUUUUACAGACCUCUUAGACAAGAAACCUUUUAAGAGUGACCUCCUUAGGUUGUUCAAAGAUUCUGGUGUUCAUAGUAAAAUUAUUGGUACUGCACUUGAUGUUAAAGUUGAUGAUCUGUCACCUUUUCCUCAGUAUACCUCAGACAACCUCAUACUAGUGUUUCAGAGGUGGAUGGAUUCUGAUAAAGGUGUGACCUGGAGGAGCAUACUUCAAGUUUGUGAAGAUUAUCCGGAUAAACUUGGAAAAGCAAAAUCUGAUGUGGAGAGAUUCCUGUCAUCUCAUAGUUCUGAUCCUGCUAAAUCUCUUUUCUCAACUCGUUUCAAAGCUGUUCCGAAGAGCUUUGUAUUAAUUUUCAUUGCUUCUUUGAUAUUAUUAUUAUUUGCAAUUGGAUUAUCUUUUUUUAUUAGAAUUGAUUGAGAUUUAA